AUGGUGGUGGUAGUCGGACAGCAGUUCGCCGCCGCACUAGCCGUGGAUCUCACCGUCAACCGCUACGAUGUGUUGACCUUCAUGGACGUCCAUCUCUACAGGGUGGUCAACGUAAACGACGACAAGGUAUUCAAGAUGAACCGUGUCCAAUUCAGCAGCAGCCGCCGCAUCCUCCUCGACGCCGCCGGCGACACUCUCCUCACCAUGGAAUACUUACCAAGGACAAGUCUGACAUGGACUGAAAUAAUCAUCUUCCCUCACUUUUCAAGCACACUUUUCCUCUCCUUUCUCAAAGCUUUCCCAAAUCUCUCAGUGCCCGCAGCUGAAGCUUCCUCACAGGCUGCAAUUCUUCCUCCAGGAACAGAACGAAAAAUGCUUCCCUACAAAUCCAGAUCUGGUAUAUUUGAAGCUUCAGAUUAUAAGAAUUUGCAAGGUUCCAAUAGGAUCACCAAACCAACGAGAACUGGAUCUACCAAGUUAGAUAGUGGAUUGACUUCUCCGAAGACAAAACAAAGUUCUCCCUUUGCAAAGCAAACUUCUCCGAUUCCAAAACCGCGGAUUCUGUCUGAUAGAUCACCAAAAACAGUUGACGCGAAGAGUGCAAUCAAGAGAAACAGCAAUACUAGUAAACCACCGCAAGCUAAUUCGACGAACUUGGAGCUGCAUGAAAAUUUAAAUGCACUUGAGAAGGAGCUGAAGAAAGCAAAAGAGCAAUUGGCUUUGGCUGAGCAAGAGAAGAGUAAAGCUUUUGAGGAAUUAAAUGAUGUGAAGAAGUUCGCUUACGAAACAAAUGAGAAACUGCAGGUAGCUACAGAUGCUCAGAAGAGAGCUGAGGCAAGCUUGGAGAAAGAGCUCUGCGAUAAGUUGGAAAAUGCUAGAAAAGAAGGUGCACAAGAAAAGGAGGAGAAAUUACGGGAGGAAAUCAACAGUCUAAAGAGUCAACACUCUCUGGGCAUGUCGAAAUUACAUUCCAUAUCUCAGGAGCUGGAAGGGAUCAAGUUAGAGCUCAAUGGAGCCUUGAGUGCAAAAGAAAUUGCUCUUAAGCAAGCAGAUGAAGAAAGGGAAAUAGCUGAAACAUACAGAGAGAGGGUGGAGCUCUUAUCCAAGGAAGCGAAUUGGUCAAAAGCCCUACACAACCGUAAGCUAGAUAGCAUGAACAAAGAGGCCAGUGAGAUGAUUAAGAAGUUGGAAGGUGAAGUAAGUACUUUGAAACUCGAACUUGAGCAAUCAAAGGCAGAGAAAAAUAAGUUGGCUAAGAUGGAACAAUUGGUUGAUGAGCUUCAGGUAGAGGUGAUCAAUGCGAGAAAGGUUGAAUCAGAUGCAUCUGAGUUGGUCGAUGACUGGCAAAAAAGGAUAGAAAAGUUAAAGGUUGAUCUGGACGAAGCACAUCAGUCUGAGAAAUCAGCAUCUGACUCUCUAGCAGCAAUGAUGGUGCACUUGGAAGAGAGUAAAUCACUGCUUGAAGAUGCUGAAUCUGAGAUAUCAACUCUUCAAGGGAAGAUAAGGUCAUUGGAGAUUGAGGUUGAGAAGCAAAGAGCAGAUCUUGAGGAAUCAGAUAGGCAGGUUGAUGCAGCACGACAAGAUGCAGUUAACAUAGGCAAGACAGUUGACCUACUGAAGUUGGAGAUUCAAAAUCUUGAGGAGGAAAAGCGCCAAGCAGUUAACAGGGAAAGAAGUCACAUUACAAAAGCUGAGAGCUUGAUGGAAGAGCACAACAAACUGAUGGAUGAGCUCAGGAUUAGCAGAGAUCAGGAGGAGAAGAAUCAAAAGGCAAUGGAAGGUUUAGCUGUGACAUUGCAAAGUGUUUCUAAAGAUGCCAGAGAAAAAGAUGAAAGACUCUUGCGAACACAAGCUGAGCUUGAAGAAUCACAAGCAGAGAUUGAGCAAUUAAAUAUAGCAUUAAGAAACACUGAGGAUAGAUAUGAGGUGAUGCUUGAUGAGGCAAGAUACGAGAUCGUUUGCCUCAAGAAUAUAAUUGAAAGAGUUGAAACUGAAGCAAGUAACUUAAAAAGUGAGUGGGACAAAAAGGAGCUUGUUUUUGUUAACACUAUAAGGAAGUUGGAAGAAGUUGCUUCGAUGAAAGUUGAAAUGACAAAAAUGGUUGAAUUAGAGAAAGUUGAGAAAAAAGAAACCAAGCAAGCAAAUGCAGAUUCUUCUUGUGAAGCAGAAGAAGAAUUGAAACAUGGAAGUUUCAGACUGAAGGAAAUAUUUUCAAAUAGAGAGGAUGAGUUUCAAGAACAUCAUAAAGAAGACUAUAAAGCGAAAGAAGAGAGCACCAACAUAAACAAAAACCAUGAAGAGGAUCAUGAGGAAACCAUAGACAGUGAUUUAUCAUCAGAAAGCGAGCAUGAAGAUUAUUCAAUUGAUGAAGAUCUAGAAUCAGAUGUGGAUAUCAGCAUGGAUGAUGGAAUUACCUCACCUGACAAGCAGCCCCUGAAUCAAAGGAAGAAGAGUGCCUUACUGCACAAGUUUGGGAGCCUUCUGAAGAAGGGAAAUCAUUAAUAGGAUACAUAUUGCUAUCAAUGAACUAGGAAGUCAAUGUGUUCUGCAGUUUCGAAUGAUUGUAUUAUCUUAUGAAAUGUCUUGAUUCUAUUGAAACGGCAUAUAUGUCAAUAUCUAGAUCCUUCAUUUUGUUAUUAA